AUGGGAAACUUCACAUCACUAUAUGUCCUCAACUUAUCUGGUAAUGGUUUCACAGGCCAAUUCCCAUCAUCAAUAGGGCAGCUGAAACAGCUCGAGUCAUUAGACCUCUCACGCAACCACCUGAGUGGGAAGAUCCCCAGAGAGUUUGUGAGCCUAACUUUCCUUUCAGUCCUGGACCUCUCCUUCAAUCAGUUAGUGGGGGCAAUUCCAAGUGGAGAUGGAGGAAAUGCUACUACAAACAUGUGGAUAGAAUUCUUUCAAGGAUUCUCCAUGACCAAGAUCAAAGAAGAGCAGGUGGUGGAAGAAGAGCUCACAGAAUUCGGAGGCGUAGAAUGUAGCAGUGGUGCAGAGGGAUUCCCCAUCUGGGGUGGAAUCCGAGUAAGAAUUGGAGUCUUGUUUGGGAUCGAUAUCGCUUUGGUGUCUGGUGAAUGUCUUGGUGGUUCGAGGCUGUGUCUGGCGGAUGAGAAAUCGUUGUUGCUGCAACUGAAGAACAGCCUCACAUUCAAACCUAAUGUGUCGGUGAAACUAGUGACGUGGAAUGAAAGUGUGGGUUGCUGUUCUUGGGGAGGUGUAAACUGGGACGCCAAUGGUCAUGUUGUCUGUCUUGAUCUGAGUAGCGAAUUGAUUUCUGGGGGAUUCAAUAACUUCAGUAGUCUUUUCAGUCUUCGAUAUCUCCAGAGCUUGAAUUUGGCCAACAACAGCUUCAAUUCUUCUCAAAUUCCAUCUGGAUUCGGUAAGCUUGGCAAUUUGGUUUACCUGAAUUUUUCCGAACUGAAACUUGAGAACCCAAAUCUGAGAAUGCUGGUUCAGAACCUGACUGAGCUUAGAGAACUCUAUCUUAAUGGUGUAAAAUAUCGGCACAGGGAAGGAAUGGUGCGGGCAUUAUCAUCUUCAGUGCCUAAUCUCCAAGUGCUGAGUCUGCCAGAUGUGAUCUUUCUGGCCCUAUCGAUUCUUCCUUGCAGAAGCUUCGGUUCUCUCAACAUUCGCCUGGACAGAACAACUUCUCUGCUCCUGUACCAACCCUCCAGAUUCUUGAUUUUCAAACAACAGGUUACUGAGGGUUCUUUGCCAGAAUUCCCUCAGAAUAGAUCUCUAGAUAGCUUGGUGCUCAGUGAUACAAAAUUUUCAGGGAAAGUACCCGACUCCAUAGGCAAUCUCAAGAGGUUGACUAGGAUAGAGCUUGCACGUUGCAAUUUCAGUGGGCCAAUCCCAAACUCCACGGCCAACCUUGCUCGAUUAGUUUACUUGGACUUGUCUGAAAACAAGUUUUCCGGUCCAAUCCCACCUUUUAGUUUGUCCAAGAACCUGACCCGAAUAAACCUUUCUCAUAAUUAUUUAACAGGUCCGAUUCCUUCCUCUCACUUGGAUGGCCUUGUGAAUCUAGUGACUCUUGACUUGAGUAAAAAUUCACUGAAUGGAAGUCUCCCCAUGCCCCUGUUUUCCCUCCCAUCACUGCAGAAGAUACAACUGAGCAACAACCAAUUUUCUGGUCCCUUGAGUAAAUUUUCGGUUGUGCCUUCUGUAUUGGACACCCUUGAUUUGAGUAGCAACAAUCUGGAAGGGCAAAUACCUGUAUCCAUCUUUGAUCUCCACUUUCAGAAACUUGGAAAUCUUACCACUCUUAGUCUGUCAUACAACAACUUGUCCAUCAAUGCAAGUGUUCGUAAUCCCACUUUGCCUCUGCUUUCGAAUCUUACCACAUUAAAAUUGGCUUCUUGCAAGCUCAGAACAUUACCUGAUCUUAGCACCCAUUCAAUAUUGACACAUUUAGACCUUUCCGAUAACCAAAUUCCCGGGAGCAUACCUAAUUGGAUUUGGAAGAUUGGUAAUGGAUCUCUUUCGCAUUUGAAUCUCUCUCAUAAUUUACUGGAGGAUCUGCAGGAAACUUUCUCUAAUUUUACUCCUUCUCUGUCUAUCCUUGACCUACAUUCCAACCAGCUCCAUGGCCAAAUCCCCACUCCUCCCCAAUUUUGCAGCUAUGUGGAUUACUCAGACAACAGGUUCACCUCUUCCAUCCCAGAUGAUAUUGGUGUUUGCAUUUCCUUCACUAUUUUCUUCUCUCUUUCGAAGAAUAACGUCACUGGAAGUAUUCCUAGAUCCAUCUGCAAUGCAACUUACCUGCAAGUUCUUGACUUCUCUGACAACAAUUUGAGUGGCAAAGUACCUUCAUGUUUAAUUGAGUAUGGGACUCUUGGGGUGCUGAAUCUAAGGAGAAACCAUUUUAGUGGUGCUAUACCUGGGAAAUUUCCUGUCAACUGUCUUUUACAGACUCUUGAUCUCAGUGGGAAUCGUUUAGAAGGAAAAAUUCCCGGGUCUCUGGCGAACUGCACAGCAUUAGAGGUUUUAAACCUUGGGAACAAUCGGAUGAGUGAUAACUUUCCUUGCUGGUUGAAGAACAUAAGCAGUUUGCGUGUUCUUGUUCUGCGAGCCAACAAAUUCCAUGGACCCAUUGGAUGUCCCAAGAGUAAUUCCACCUGGGCAACGCUUCAGAUUGUCGACCUAGCUUUCAACAAUUUCAGUGGUAAGUUGCCUGCAAAAAGCUUGUCGACCUGGACAGCAAUGAUGGCGGGUGAAAAUGAAGUCCAAUCCAAGCUCAAAUACCUGCAAUCUAGGGUUCUACAAUUUGGUCAAUUGUACUAUCAGGAUACUGUAAGAGUUACCAGCAAAGGUCAAGAAAUGGAGUUGGUGAAGAUCCUAACUCUCUUCACCUCUAUUGACUUGUCGUGCAACAAUUUUGAAGGGGAUAUACCAGAAGUGAUGGGGAACUUCACAUCACUCUAUGUUCUCAACUUAUCGCAUAAUGGUUUCACAGGCCAAAUCCCAUCGUCAAUAGGGAAUCUGCGACAACUUGAGUCAUUAGACCUCUCGCGAAACUGGCUGAGUGGAGAGAUACCUACACAACUUGCCAACCUAAAUUUCCUUUCAGUCCUGAACCUCUCAUUCAAUCAAUUGGUGGGAAGCAUCCCUACGGGCAAUCAAUUGCAAACAUUUUCAGAAAAUUCCUUCCUGGGUAACAGAGGAUUAUGCGGCUUCCCCCUAAAUGCAAGUUGCAAAGAUGGUACACCACAGACGUUUGAUGACAGGCACUCAGGUUCGAGGAUGGAGAUUAAGUGGAAAUUCAUAGCUCCUGAAAUUGGAUUUGUGACAGGGUUAGGAGUCGUGAUUUGGCCUCUCGUGUUAUGCAGGAGAUGGAGGAAAUACUACUACAAACAUGUUGAUGGAAUUCUUUCAAGGAUUCUCCGUGGGCAAGACCAAGGAAGAGCACGUGGUGGAAGAAGAGCACAAAGAAUUCAGCGGCGGAGAAUGUAG